GGAACUCAUAUUAUCAGGGAAGUGAGUUGUUUUACUAGCUUGAGGAAGGCAAAUAAAGGGAACUGUUUUCACGGAAGGCUAUUCAAGGCAUUAGCCGCACUGCAGUGAUGUUCUAGUUGGCUUACACAGGCUAGUACCCGCAUUAAGGUGGUUAAACGAGUGUUAGCUCAAGUGUUAUCGGGGGCUUAGGUAUGACGUUACGAAGAGGAGGGAAAAGUAUUACGACAUCAAACUGAGCUUCCCGAACUGGAAUCCAGCUACGUGACCUAAAACCUCCAGCCACAGAGGACACUGAAGGUGAAAAACAGAAAAACGGAGUUCAGGAAAAGGUUAACCAACGGCCACACGUCGCAAGCUAGUUUGUAACACAGUUCGGAUAAACUUUUGGUAAAGCUUAACGGACUUUCGCGAUGUCUCUGGCCGACCAGAGCCAGCAGUGGUUUCCUACGAGUGUCCAGGUAACGGUGCAUCAAGCACGGAGCCUGCGCGUCAAGGGCAAGAAUGGCACCAACGACGCCUAUGCCAUCAUCCAGGUGGCCAAAGACAAGUUUUCUACCUCUGUGGCUGAGAAAACCGUCUCUCCAGUGUGGAAAGAAGAGGCUUCGUUUGACCUGCCGCUUUUCCACCCGGGUAACGCUGAACGCUGCACACUGUAUAUCAUCGUAAUGCACCGGGCGCAAGUGGGACUCGACAAGUUCUUGGGACAAGCUGUGAUAAAUUUACUGGCUCUUCAUGACAACAGAUCUCGCAAAAAGACAGAUUGGUUCAAGCUGGUGGACAAGUCUGGAAAAGAGGACAAGCCACGAGGGGAGGUGCUGCUAGAUGUCCAGUUUAUGAGAAACAACAUGUCAGCUAGCAUGUUUGACCUUUCUAUGCAGGACAAACCACGCUCCCGCAUCUCCAAGCUUAAGGACAAAGUUCGUGGGAAGAAAAAGGAUGGCUUCUCUGACUCUGCCUCAGCUAUUGUUCCUUCUGUCAGCCAGGUCCUCACAGACAGUGAGGCGGAGGCUGAUGCACAGUCACUCAGUCAGUCUCCAGAAGUGAAAAAGAAAUCAAAGCUCAAAACACUUCUUGCUCCCAAAUCUAACUUGCAGCGCAAUAUGUCGCAGUCCAUGUCUACACUGGGGACUCUCCCAGACAAAAAUUCAUCUGUCAGUGGCAGCCGCUCAUCUGGCCUCAAUGUAGACUCUCCUGAAGUGAAAAAGAAAUUCAAAUUCCUGGGACACAAGCGAACAGGCAGCUCUGACAGCAAGGCGUCUCAGGGUCCUUUGUCGUUUCUGGGUCGCUCCAAGCAGAGCAACAAUGACGUGAACAACCUGUGCAUCAAUGGCAGCCAUGUGUAUGCCGAGGAGACAGAGUCCAAGAGUGGUUCUACUGUGAGUCUGAACAGCUCGGGCCAAGGAUCUGUGGAGGACGUCCGCAAACACACCUCUGAUGCAGAUCCCUCUAAAGCUGUUUCCUCCCUACAGAUAGAGUCAGACAGGGCAGUACUGGAGCAACAGCGCCAUCAAGAGGAGGAGGAAAGAAGGCUGGCAGAAGAAAGGCGCAUAGCAGAGGCCAAGAGGCUGGAGGAAGAGGAGAAAUACAGGAUAGAAGCCAAGAGACUGAAGCAGGAAGAGGAGCGCAGACACCAAGAGGAACAGGAGAGGAAGAGACGCUUCCUUGAGGAUGAAGCAAGGAGGAAGAAACAGAAGGAGGAGGAGGAAGAGAGAAGGAAGCAAGAGGAAGAACGCAGGAUGCUGGAAGCAGCAGAAAAACAGAAGCUUGAGGAGGAGCGUCGCAGAGUAGAGGAGCAGAAACGACAGGAAGAGGCCUCCAUGAGCGAAAGGCUGACAUCUCUGUUUGGAAUGAUCCGAAAGAAGGAGGAGAAAAAGGAGGAGGCACAUCAGCACACUAAAGAGGAGCUAGCCACACAAGCCCCUCACAGAGAGCCCGAUCAACACAUCUCCCACCACUCCACCAACCCGUUUGAGGACAUCCCCCUCAGCUCCGAUCCUCCAGUUAGCUCAGAGGAUCAUCAGAAAUCCAACCGCAACCCACCAGUCCCCUCUGCCAUGGUCUUCCUCAACCGCACUGCCAAAGUGUCUGCAGUCAAACCCAGAUUGGCUCAGUCUCCGAAGUCUGAAUCCACUGACUGCCAAACCCCCAGUCAGCUGUGUCCUUCCCCAACCACCUCUGAGUCCACCCUCUCUAGUGUCCCUUCUGACUCUCCUGAUACUUUCUCCAACCUCCACUCAUCCCUGGCACCACCAAACUCAAGUCAAAUCCCAACUGGUUCUCCUCGUGAUAAAAUAGAGAAUUUGUCUUCUGUGGGAUCUUCACCCACCAUGGCAGAUAAGAAGAAAAGAGCCCUCCAGCCACCCUUGCCUCUAGUGCAUGGGACCCAAACUGAAAAUCAGGGCCCUGUCAGAGAUAUCAACAACCCUACGCAUAUCGAGGUAGAUGGAUCACAGCAACGCAAAAAAACGUCUCUGCCACUUCCUGAUUAUGAAACCCUAUUUCCUCAGAAGAGACAUGGAGUGCAAGGGCACACUCGAUGGGACCACAUAAUCGCUGAGGUCAGUCAGAGACACAGGGACACGCCACCUGAAUUUCUGGGUCCAGAGAUGAGUGUGGACGGCCCAGAGGAGCAAGGACCCAGUCCUAGGUCUUCACUUCCUCAGGAGAGUUCAGCUGUGAGGCAUUAUCAAACGCAGCCUCAGGAGACCAAGCCUGUGUCGUCAAAAAAAGUACCUGCCCCAGCUCCCCCUAAAUCUGCCACACCUCCAUACCCUCAAUCAGUAGUGGAUUCCAAUAAAAGGCAGAGCCAGAAUGUUGUAUACCAGUCUGUCACGAGGCCUAAUCCAUCUGUAGUACCAGGACCUGUGAACACUGAUGCUUCAAGCAGAGAAAGUCUCUCACUGAGGUCUCGUGAUGGAGCUGGGAUGAUGUCACCUGCACCCAGACCAGCUAGCCAAAUGGACUGGAAUACUUCAACAACAGAUGACCACAGAAACAUGUACGUCAGCGUGGACAAAGAGGCUCCCAGAGCCAAACCCAGACAGAGGGUUAGUGUCAUAGAGUCAAUACAAGAAGAUUCUGAUGUGACACCAGCGAGCUCUCUGAACAGUAACAUUCAAAGAUUACCUAGUCCAAGUAUGAACAGCAUGGACAAUAAUGGCAGGUUGACACAGGAGAAAUUUGCAGAGUUUGACCCAUUCCCCAGCACUGAUCUUCUUUCCAAAGACCCGUGGACACAGGUGCAGCAGAACCAAGACGCAGAUGUCCUUUUCACAGGCAGUGUACAAAAAGAGCAGAAACUUGAAGAUCGGGGAAUGACAGCAGAUGAUCUCAAUAACGUUUUUAGUCAAGUUAAACCAGCAGAUCCAUUCACUAUUUAUAAUGGCAGCGAUUCAAAAAAACACAGUGAAUACAGGCAAAGAGAUGAAGAUUUAAAGGAAGCGAGUCCCACUUUCCAAAGAAGGAAUUCUCAGAGACGAAACCAGACUCCCUCGCCCUCAGCUUUCUCUGAUAAGACUUUCAAGUCUCGACAAGAACCCGCAUAUAAAGAAGAAACAGCCAUAACCACUAAUCAAGGCUUCUUUGCAAGAGAUGUCACAAAUGAUUCUAUCACACCAAAGCUUCAACCUAAUGCGAAAAUACAAACCCAUUGGUAUAGAAGUGAGGAUCUAUUCGGAGAUGUACCUUUUGCUGUAUCCUCUGCUUCCACCUCCUCAGAGCCCCUACAGGUAGUUAUGGAGGAUCCAGAAUAUCAGGCAGGAGGUUUGUCUGGUGGAAAGAUGCCGUUGAGGGCAUGGGUCUCACCCUCUGAGGUUCAGCUUGUCAGUGCUCAGAGUAGCAAUGGAAGUGGGCUAGCCUCAACUCCACGCAGGCCUCAUCCUGUGAAGCCCAUGAGCUCAGUUGAGAGCCAGCAUCCCUUCAGCACCCCUACUGUGAAAGAAAUAAAGGUCCAAGACAGCACACCAGGGAAGAUUCAGGUGGCUGACUCGGUGGGAAGUGGACCUUACACUCAGCUGACACAGGAAGAGUUGAUCACACUGGUGGUGAAGCAGCAAACCGACCUGUCCAAGAAGGACGCUAAGAUCGUUGAGCUCGAGGAGUACAUCGACAACCUGCUGGUUCGCGUCAUAGACGAGAAACCCUCCAUCCUACAGUCUCUCACCUCCCUCAAGCCAGUGUAAGGAAGAAGACAGUCCCAGUUGUGUUUGUUGUGUGUGUUUGUACUGCUGUCACUGUGUACUGUGAGACACAAUCUCUACGAAGGUCUCGGAGCAUAUGCACUUUUUUUUUUCUUAGUUUCAGUGUCAGAUUUGUUUGUGGAUGCUGGAAUGUGAAGUAAUAACAUUACCUAAUAACAAACAAAGUAAAUAAUCAUUAUAUAGGCCAAUGAAUGUAUUUGUUUUGACACUAAGGUACUGGAAUUUGCUUAAAAAACCUUGUUACGUUGUAUACUAUACUUGAUUAAACCUGGGUUGAGCUUUAUUUAAUAUUCUAAAAACACAGAUAAAAACUAUUACCUGGACAUUUUUUACUCUUUACGCUGGGUAACUCGUUGCUGUGUGUUGAACAUAUACUUAAUCUCACACAACCAUUACAAAUUCAUACACCCCCUUGAUGAGAAUGAUAACAUAAGAAUGUAAUACUUUUAUCACAUCAAUAUAUUUCCAAUAAAUUGUUGAAUUCAGUGCAUUCCUGAAGGUCAUAACUCAGGACCUCAUGAGCUGAAUCAACAUUAGUUUUUAUUUAACAAGUGCACAUGGAAUUUCCCCUCCACUACUGAAGUCUUAUUUCAGAUUUUUUUCGUCGAGCCUUAAGACUAGCAUUUUAUUUUUAUAUUUUUUUUUAAGCAGACAAUUAAAAACAUUCCUUCUUUGUUUUACUCACCACAGUUGAAUGUCAGCUGGUCGUUCAGUCCUAAAAAAGAUAUCGUGCCUAUUUUUGCUUCAAAAAGAAAACCAGCAAUAGAUAAAACAAGCAGCUACUAUGUCGUGUACAUAGUUUGGAUCGCACAGGCGUUAUGGCUGUUUAGUCUGUGUACAUAGUUUGAAAUAUUAUGCAAGUAAUAGUACACAAUCAAACUGUGUUUUUGUGUUGUAUUUAUAAAAAGAAAACCAAGAGAUAAUCAAACAGUAAUCAUAAGAGGAACAGUAUAAGUUGUAACCAACCAGCCUUGUCUUUGUAUUUGAACUACACUAAAGAAUGAAAGCAGCACAUGUCUUUAUAUGACAAUAUUAUUUUAUGCCUUGGCAGAAAUUAAAGCAAUAUUUAUCUUCAGAAUGUACAGACCUGUGCCUUCAACACAUAUUUUCAUGACUUUUCUGUCUGAUUUGCUGGAUGGAUGGUUGCUGUUGGCUACCUUUCUUCUUUCUCUGCCUGAGAGCUUCAUGUAUGAAGACUCGAUGAUGAUGCUACUACAGUCCAUGUAAAACUUCUGAAAGAAGUGAGCAAGAUUCUCGUUUUAUUUCAAAUAAAUACACUAUUUCACACUUA